AUGGAAUCCAUUGAUCUCUACUAUGAACAAGCCUAUGACACCUUCUUGCAAGAAAGUCUGUUCGACACUACAAAUAAGAUGGGCCUUGUCACUUUUGCUAUGGUUUGCAUGAACCCCGACGCCUCACGAGACAAGAAGCAUGCUGCUGUUCGUAUCCUGGACUCCUUUGUGCAACAGCAAAACAAGACCGCUGGUUCUGAGACAGAGCUCGUCUCUCAAAUCACACCAUCCAACAAGGCAGUGACCACCUUGAUUAGCAUGUUGGGUUGGACAGUUAGUGAAGAUGCAGAUAUCAGGCUAUUCGCCGCAAAGGUCACGGCACAUCUUGCUCCGUAUCUACGGAUCGCCGGGACUGCUGGAGCCAUGCAGAUGGUGUCUUCACUUCUUGACGCCCAAGAUCAACCAAUGACACAUGAAAUUUCAAUACUGAUUGUGGAUGGUAAUGGAGGUAAUGCAGAUGAUCAUCAAAUAAGCAAUGAUUCAAGUUCUCCAUCAAGGAAUUCAACUUUGGACACUGAAGGAGGUCACGCAUCAGCAAUGCGAGGUUCCUCUCUAAUACACACAUCCUUUCUUUUUCUGAUGGAGUGGUCACACAGAUUCUGGCAGCACCUUAAGAAAAUGCAGGCAAUUCCACAGAAGGGUUUGAAGGAUAACGACUCGCUCCCUGCACUGGGCAUGCAAAUCCUUGAAGGGCUUUCUCACGAUCUCCACAAUUGUGAAGAAGUCAGUAGAGAAACAGAGCUCAUCCCAAAGAUCAUAAGAUUCAUAAGCUACAUUCCUGGCACAACAACAUCGCAGCGGGAAGAGAUCGCCACUUCAUCAUUGAAAUUAGUUGAAAAGCUUGCAAGCAUCAAGGGGGAAGUUGGCAUAAAACUGCGGCAAAAGAUUUCUGAGAAUCCAUUCCUAAUUGGCGACCUCGCCGAGAUCUUGGAGAAUGAGGGCAACUCCAGCUACCUAGUACAAUCAAAGCUGGCAAUAGAUAUCAUCACCAAGAUCACCACAGAUACAAAAACUAGGCAGGAGAUUGGGACGGUACAAGUUAUCAUUGACAAGCUGGUGCAGCAGUUUAUUGGGGUAUCAAAUCCACUGCAAGCAGAGGCAGGGGAAGCACUUGCGAUGUUGGCAAUUGAGAGCCCUGACAACUGCUCUGCUAUGUUGGACAAAACAGAUUAUGAGCUUAUCGGGGAUCUCGCCCACAAGCUUCAGUGUGGUACUCACGUCAUGGGAAGCAUAAAGGAUGCAGAGGGCAAGCAGAUGGAGGCCCUAAUCGGCCUAGCUUCAAAAAUCUGUAGUGUCAUGUCAGAACGCAUUGCCCCUGUUUUGGACCCGUUUGCAGAUGAUGAGGCAUUUGUUAAGAAACUUGUGGGUGAACUCAACGCCCGCAAGAAACCAAGUCCUGAUGAAUAUCCAGAAACGAGAAGCCUGCUGGUUGAGCUCACAGUAUCCAUCGUGGGAUUCUGCCCUCGCUACGCACGCAUCUUCAAGGAGCAGGGGAUGAUGGAAGCGCUGUCCAAGGUGGAACGUUACACGGGGAAGGUUUCAGAGGAGGCCAGAGCUCUGCGCACCAUGGUCGCCACAGCAAAGAGGCUGAUCGGCACCGAUACGCCAUGA